ACACUCCCCCUCUCUCUCGCUCAGCUGCUCUCCCUCCCCUCCUGUGGAUGGUGUAGCACUCUCUCUCUCCCUCUCUGUCUGGCAGAGCCGUGGACAGGAUUGGAGGCUAGUAGUGAGUGACUGCGGAGAGAGAGAGAGAGAGAGAGACUGAAGAGAAGAGAGGAGAGCAGAGCAGAAGAGAAGAGAGAUCUAUCUUCCCACCGGACCCCCCAUCACCCAACCCUUACCAGGGGGACUUAUGUACAGCAGAGAGGGUUUACCACCCCGGACCUCCACACAGGGAGCCAUGUGAGACCCCCUUGCGCUGCUGAAAUCCCCCCAAAUAGGUGCUCUGAAUCGGGAUUGAAACCAAGGAUUGUAUCCCCCCUGCCUGAAACCCCCUCCAGGGUUUGUGGAUCUUCUCUAGCUGCGGGAGGAGGAAGGGAAGGGAGGCACUGCCAGGUCUCUGCAUACCCAGCUGGGAGACACUCUUCUCUGGGCAAGUGUGGGGUGUUUGCUCCCCUUGGGCUGGAGGCCAGAGCUCCAGCACCAUGGAUUACCUACCUGGGAUUGUACUGCUGCUGCUGUUCUGCGGGGCGGUGGUGCCGGGGCAGGGGGAGCCCAAGCACAGCGUACCCAGGCUAAAGCUUUCCUACAGGGAGAUGGUAGAGUCCAGUAAUCUCAUCACCUUCAACGGCCUCACCAACAGCUCCGGCUACGACACCUUCCUAUUGGACGAGGAGAGAGGAAGACUGUUGGUGGGCGCCGAGGACCAUGUCUUCUCCUUUGACCUGGUCAAUCUCAACAGAGAGCACAAACAGAUCGCAUGGCCAGCCACGCCCUCAAAGCGGGACGAGUGCAAGUGGGCGGGGAAAGACCUUGGGAAAGAGUGUUCCAACUUCAUCCGAGUGCUCCAGCCCUACAACGCCACCCACCUGUAUAUCUGUGGUACAGGGGCCUUCCACCCCAUCUGUGCCUACCUGGAGAUGGGCAAACGGGCAGAGGACAACAUCUUUCGACUGGAGUUGACCCACUUCGAGAACGGCCGGGGGAAAAGCCCCUACGACCCCAAGAUGCUCUCUGCGUCCAUCAUGUUAGAUGGGGAGCUGUACUCUGGCACGUCGGCAGACUUCAUGGGAAGGGACUUUGCCAUCUUCCGUACCCUGGGGGAGCAUCAUCCUAUCAGGACUGAGCAGCAUGAUUCUAGAUGGCUCAAUGACCCAAGGUUUGUAGGUGUAAACAUGAUCCCAGAGAGUGACAACCCUGAGGAUGACAAGAUCUUCCUGUUCUUCAAAGAGAACGCCAUGGACGGAGAACACACUGGCAAGGCCACCAUCGCCCGCAUAGGACAACUGUGUAAGAAUGACCUGGGAGGUCACAGGAGUCUGGUCAACAAGUGGACCACCUUCCUCAAGGCCAGACUGACCUGCUCAGUGCCAGGCCUCAACGGCAUCGACACACACUUCGACGAGCUGCAGGAUGUCUUUCUAAUGAGCUCCAAAGAUCCUAAGAACCCAGUGAUCUAUGCUGUAUUCACCACUUCUAGUAACAUAUUCAAAGGCUCAGCAGUGUGUAUGUACAACAUGGCAGACAUCCGGAGGGUCUUCCUGGGUCCCUAUGCCCACAGAGAUGGGCCCACCUACCAGUGGGUACCCUUCCAGGGGAGGGUGCCCUACCCCCGCCCUGGCACGUGCCCCAGCAAAACGUUUGGGGGCUUUGACUCCACCAAGGACCUCCCUGAUGAUGUGAUCACCUUCGCGCGGGGCCACCCGGCCAUGUUUAACCCUGUGCACCCCAUCGGGGGUCGUCCAAUCGUGGUGCGGACCGACGUGGACUACCAGUUCUCCCAGCUAGUGGUGGAUAAGGUGGAGGCAGAGGACGGACAGUACGACGUCAUGUUCAUCGGAACAGACCUGGGCACAGUCCUGAAGGUGGUUACCAUCCCAAGAGAGAGCUGGCAUGACCUGGAAGAGGUGGUCCUGGAGGAGAUGACCGUGUUCAGGGAGUCCACCCCCAUCACGGCAAUGGAGCUUUCCACCAAACAGCAACAGCUGUACCUGGGCUCGGCGCUGGGCGUUUCCCAGAUGCCUUUGCACCGCUGUGAGGUGUACGGGAAGGCUUGCGCUGAGUGCUGUCUGGCCCGCGACCCCUACUGCGCCUGGGACGGAACAGAGUGCUCCCGUUACUUCCCUACCGCCAAGAGGAGAACAAGACGCCAGGACAUCAGGAAUGGAGAUCCACUCUCCCAGUGCUCUGACCUGCAGCAUCAUGAUGACGUAGACGGGCUGGGUCAUGUGGAGGACAGGAGUGUGUACGGAGUGGAGAACAGCAGCAUGUUCCUGGAGUGUAGUCCCAAGUCCCAGAGAGCCCUCAUCUACUGGCAGCUCCAGAGACCCAACGAGGACCGCAAACAGGAGAUCAAGUCGGAGGACAGGGUGAUCCGCACGGAGCAGGGCCUGCUCAUCCGCACUCUCACCCAGGCCGACUCGGGCGUCUACACCUGCCACUCUGUGGAGCACGGCUUCAUCCAGCCCCUCCUCCGCCUCUCCCUCCAGGUCAUCCCCACACAGAGGCUGGGUGAGCUGCUGCCCGGUGGGCCUCUUAGUGGAGCUGGAGGGUCUGGUGGUGCAGGUGGGCCUGCUGGUGCAGGUCACUCGACAAAACACAAGCUGUGGUAUAGGGAUUUCCUCUCCCUCCUGGACCACCCUGACCUGAACAGCGUGGAGGAGUUCUGCGAGCGCGUGUGGCGGAAGGAGCGCAAACAGCGGCGCCUGAAAAUCCCCACUAUCACCACCAAUGGCCAAAGUCUGGAUAGGCUUGACGGCGGAGCUCCAAGCUCAGGCCUAAAGCCUAAAAGUAGACCUCUUGGCGCAGGUGCACCCAAUGCCCAGAAGCAGAAGAGUGGGUCUCCUACGGUGCAGCAGCAGAGCAAAGAGGGGAGCCCCCGGAGCACGAACACCCAGAAGGUGCAACUCCAUGCGGGUACGCUGACCCAGGCCCAGCCCCCUAAAAACAACAACCAGAAUGGCCAGAACUCUCAGGCUACACCCAACGUCCAGAGCCCCCAGAAGGGCCAAGGCGCCCUGGGGGGAAACCUGGGGGGGACCCAGGUGCCUGGUGGGGGGGCCAGAGGUGGACCCCAGCACACGGCCAAGUGGAGGCGGAUGCAGGAGAACAAGAAGGGGCGAAACAGGAGGACCCACGAGCAACAGAGACCCCCGCGGAGUGUCUGAGACGACCACAGCAACACACACACAUGCGCGGACAUACACACACUUACGCACAUACUGUUAAAAUAUAGACUUGCUAUUCCAUAAAGAUAUACUGUAGGAACACACAUAAUGCAGUACAGUCAUGGACAUAUGCUCAUACACACAUAAUAUGUAGACAGAGAAAGACCGUCCCAAUGGAAUGCUCUUAUACAUACACAUAAAGCGCACGCACACACACACACACACGCACACGCGCACACACACACACACACACACACACACACACACACACACACACUGCAAAUACCCUGUGAAGACUUGGAGAAGACUGGCGACUAAAAGGAUGUUAUUGACUGAGACUAAACUGGAAUCGUAUACGUACUGUACCUGCUAACCAUGUGGAUAUACUGGCCCAGGGUGUACAAUGUGAGGAACUGUAUAUUCCAGGUCCGUGUUGCAAGGGGGACCGAGUUGCCUGGCGGACUCAUAGCCCUCCUGUACAUAUGCUACUUCCUUAUAGGACUGGGAUGGGGUUCAAAAACAUUUAUUUUCAGUGAGGAUGAUACAUGUUACAUGUACACACCUCUGGACAAGUUUGGACAAUGGCCUAAUGCAUGGACACAGGACAUUUCAGAAGGGAUUGAGACUUUAAAGUUCAGUAGGGACGUCCGUUAGUGCAGCUACUGGCCUUGUUGACAUGCACAUGAGAGAAGGAAGAGGAUGCCCACUAUAUAGAGACUGGAAGAACUAUAAGGAUAAGGAAUCAUUUGUCCAGUCGAUUGCAAACUACAACAGAAAUAAAUCAAAAGAAGAACAGUCAUUUUCGGAGAGUGAACUGCAAUUCCCACAAUACAGUUCGUCGGCUCAACUUUGUUCAAUUGAUUCGAUUCACAAUGACUCUCAUGAAUGAGCACUUUGGGCUUGUACAUAGAGCUUGACUGUCUUAUAGGUCAAACAGAUGGGGCACAGUUAGCUGGUUGACAAUCCACAACGAUGCCCCCCAUAUUGUUUGUAGUUCAAUAACAGAAUUAUUCAAUAUAAAACGACAAAAUCCACAAUAGCCUGUGGUCUGUGCAACAAAGUCAAGCUUCUCUUCCUCCCAAGGCUUGAAAAGCAUCAUGCAUGUCGUAGUCAAUCGAUGUUCAUGAUUUGAAUAAGCUAUUUCUCGCCAGUUAUGUAAUUUGAACAAAGUUUUUUUUUACGUUAAAGGAGUCCUAUAAAAAGAAAAAUACAUUUAUUGUUUUUAUUUGCUAUUUACUUUUCUCACUCUGCCUACAAACCACUGCAUCCCUGUCAGGGUAAACAAUUAUGUAGUAGAAUUUUUGACCUACCCCUUUAAGUUAUUUUUUUUCUGGAGUUUGCUGCAUGUGAACUUAUAAUUCCAGUCAUAUGUUCGUGCUCAGUCUGGAAAGCAGACUGCCUAUUGAUCCUGUACAUAUACACACAACAACAAAACUACUCUUUAUGUAUGUAAAUAUAUACAACCAGAACACCACUUGAUUAUUUAUUUCUCAUUGUUUUGUGAAAGGGUUGCAUUUAUUUUUGAUAUUCUGGUAUUUUGGCUCAUCAAUAAUCAAGAUUAAAAACUGCGACACGUUGAGAAACACAGAUGGACCAAUGAGGAUGGACUUCCUCUGUCAAGGACUCUGUCAAGGAAACACAGAUGGACCAAUGAGGAUGGACUUCCUCUGUCAAGAGUGGGAGCAGGGGGUUGUUGUGUGUUUUAUAGUAUCCAGACUGAGAGCCUUCAGAAUGAUAAGCACAAGUUUCUCCUGCCCUCUUCUUCUACGUGUCUGUCCCUUCUGCUCUUUUCGGAAAUGGGUGAUUUUUCUACCCAGGAGGUUUUUCUGUUGGAGUUUGGAACCCCAUACACUUUCAUUCGCUCAUCCCAAAUACUCAUUGUAUGUAAGAUAAUACUACCCAAAACCUGACAAACAUUAGCUGUGAAUUUCUAUGUAAGAACUAGUAAGGAAAACGUUAAAAUCUAAACAUAAUCUGAGGAGAAGACGCUGAGUUAAAGCUGCAUGUGAACACUACCUAAGUGCAUCUUUUCUAUUGUCUCUAGAUGUUUCCUGUGAGAGGUAAAAGUCCUAUAGGCAAGAUGCGUAAGAGAGAUGUGAAUAUUCUUCCUUUUUGCCAAAACAAAGAUGCCAACAUGUACCAGGGGUGUAUUCACUAGGAACCAAACAGAAGCAAACAGGCCAAAACGGGGAGGGACUAGCCUGAACUUGUCCAAUAAGAAACGCACAAUUUUGUUGCAAAUUGUUUUCUGUAGCAAAACGUUUUGCUAUGGUGUCUGCUAAUGAAUACACCCCAGUAAUGUUACUCCAACCCCAAAACUUGUAUUAAGACCUUAAACUUUUCAUACAACAAUGUGUUUCCCCCUCAGUAUACAACAAGAGUGAUGUGUCAAUGCAAUAAUGGACAGCAGAUAGCAAGGUUUCCCAGGGGUUUGCGGUAUGUUUCCAGUCUCUCACGGUGUGUAGGGUGGACGAGGAGAGAAGCGAUACCACUGCUGUAAUAUGGUUCUUCCUGGCAUGCGUUCAGUUGUCUAAUUAAACAUUUCCUGUAAAACCUA